UGAAAAAUAUUGGAAAAUCAAUUUUAAGUUUCGAGCUUUUAAAAUCAUUGCAAGCAACACUCCUCCCUAGUGUUGCACACAAUCGGCUAUCGGCGUUAUCGAUAACGCCCGCAUCGAUACAAUUCCACCGGCUUGUCCGAUUCGUGUUGUUGUGAUUCGGGAUAUAUACAGGAUAUAGGGCAUCCAAAAUGGGCCUACUGUCCGAUCCGUCGAUAUCGACGCAAAGCAAGCUGGUGGAUGGACUGGCGCGCCAUGUCCGCAAGGUGUGCUACGCCCUUUAUGUGGCGGGUGUGGCCUGGUUCUUCUGUUUGGCGCUGCCGGAGUUCAACCACGGCACAUAUCUCUCCGAGAAUGCCCUCUCGCCAGGCUUGGUCUAUCCGGAAAUCCGCAUCGAUGCGAAUCGUCUGGCCAUUCAGCUGCUGGAGGAGCUGCAGCGAGAGCGCAAGGAUCAUCUGUCCACCACGCCGCACGCCUGGAUUGCGGCCAAGAUGAACGAGUUCGGCCUGGAGACGCACACCCACAACUACACGCUGCGCUAUCCGUUUGGCGGCGGCAAGGAGUAUCACGGCAAGAAUAUCUAUGGCAUAUUGAGGGCACCAAGAAUUGCCUCCACCGAGGGCAUCGUUUUUGCGGCUCCCUAUCGCGCUGCCAGCUCUGUGCACUCGGACAUUGCCGCCAGCGUGCCGCUUCUGCUGGCCUUCGCCGAUUUUGCCCGGCGCAAGAACUACUGGGCGAAGGAUCUGAUCUUCCUGGUCACCGAACAGGAGCAGCUGGGCAUGCAGGCCUGGCUGGAGGCGUACCACGAUGGCGACCGGGAUCUGGACGUGAGCAAGGCGUAUCUGCGUCCUGGCAAUUUGCCCGCUCGCGCUGGUUCGCUGCAGGCGGCUCUGAAUAUUGAAGUUCAGGAUCUGGAGAUCGAUCAUGUGGAUGUGCGAAUUGAGGGUUUGAACGGCAAGUUGCCCAAUCUGGAUAUGUUCAAUCUAGUGCAGAGGAUUAUGGCUCGCGAGGGCAUCACCUCUGGGUAUAAGCAAGCGCCGCGCAAGAAGCGUCGUCACAGCCAAUCGCACUUCGAGCAGAAUCUCCGCCAGAUGCUGACCAUGCUAGCCAGCCAGUCGUCGGGCGUACCCACUGGCAAUCAUGGACUGUUCCACCGCUAUCGGAUCGAUGCUCUGACCAUAGCUGCCAAUCGGAGGGCCACCCAUGCCACACUGAAGGGCAGUCCAGGAUCGGCAGCGGUGCCUUUGCUGAAAGCCAUCGAGGGAAUAGCCAGGAGUCUGAACAACCUGCUGGAGCGCUUCCAUCAAAGCUUCUUCUUCUAUGUGCUCGUGAAUAACGAUCGCUACAUCUCCAUCGGGGAUUAUAUGCCCGCUUUGGUGGCUCUGGUAGCGUGUGCCUUCCUGAAGGCCUAUCUAACGUGGUCCACGCUGCCCGCGACCAACGCUGAACUGGAAAGGGCGGCAGGCUGGCCUAAGGAGCAAGAACAGGUGGCGGAAGUGGAACAGGAGAACUUAGAUCCCGAUAAGUUCGAGCUGCCGUAUGGAUCGGUAUUGAUAUACCUCACUGCCACCCUACUGAUUGGUUUCCUGUGCAAUGUGCUGCCCCUGCAGCAAUAUUUCCUGGAGAUUCCCAUGGGCGCCGCACCGCUGACCACCUCAGUGCUGAGCUUCCUUUCUCUGAUCGGUUUCAUUCUGCCCUUUGUGGUGGUUUUGCCGCCCGGAGGAUUGGAGCUGCUGCACGUGGCCUUCCUGCUCAUCUAUGGCUGCGCCUUGAUCGUCAUCGGGCUGCUCAACUUUGCCCUGGGCUUCUUUGCGGCAGUGCUGACUGUGCCGCUGGUCAUCGCGCUGGAGACCAAGGAGGAGAACACGCGCAGCACGCUGAGGAACACGAUCCGCUUGGCCACGCUGGCCAUGAACCCCAUGAUGGUCAUCUAUGUGAUCGUGCUGGCCAUGACAUUGUACCAGUUUCCGGAGCUGCCGCUGCAGAAGAUCAUGCUGAGGGCGGCCACCGCGGCCAUGGACGCCUCGGCCUAUGGGCUCAUCGAUUCCGUGAUCUAUGGCAACUGGCUGUACUUUGUCAUCUGCACGAUCUUCCUGCCCCUGUGGAUCAUCUGCUGGACCUUGUCGCUGUCCAAGCGACGUGACUACGCAGAUUACCUGGACUUCGAUGAGUCGCCGUCAACAUCGCCGCAGACGCAUCCUCAGGCAAAGGUGAAAACGAAUUGAGGAGACGGAGGAGCUUCAAGUGUUUGAUUCACUGGCUACAUAUAUCAACUGGAAAUGAUCCUAAGAUGAAGUGUGAUAAACCCAACAAAACUGUGUGUGAUGGCGGUAAGAGGUUGCACAUGCAGAGAAAAUUCCAUUUAAAUGUUAUGCAUUUGAUUAAAUGUCUAAAUAAACGAAGCCUAUUUAUUAGUUGGAAUAACCAAGUGAUGUAAUCUAAAA